AUGGGCGCAGAUAAUUGGGACGAUUCCGAAAGCGACACUCCUGCAGCAGCCCCCGCGCGACCUGCGGCACCUGCAGCUCGUCCCAAGCCAUCUAAAUGGGCGGACGAAGAUGAAGAUGAUAAACCUGCCUCCGAUUGGGAUGCCUCCUCGGAUGAGGAUCAAUCCAAACCCGAACCUACAGCCACUACCGCUGCAGCACCGACAAAGAAAAGAAAGUCGGUCAAAGCUAAGAUUGCUGAGAAAGAAGCAGCCGCGGCUGCAAACACACGUCGAGGUGCAGCAGGAGAGCUUGAUCCUUCGGAAUGGGCGACAGUGGGUGAAGGUGCUGGUAUGAGCAUCGCAGAGCAAAGGGCUCGGGAGCUCGAGAGCGACUUGAAAAACACUACGGACCUUCUGGGUGCCGCAGCUCUAGGAGAUGCUCCUUCUGAACUUGCCGAAUUGGUCACAUUCAACCCACGAAACAAGGAGGAUUUCCAGAAACUCUCCAAUAUGAUCAUAGAGCAUGUCAUCCAGAGACACCAGUCUAAACCUUUAUACGCUGCUUUUGUCGAUUUGCACGUCCGAGCGCUUGCUGAGUCUCUGCGUGAUGUUGAUAUUCGCAAGGCCGCAUCGACUCUAUCAACUCUGGCUAAUGAGAAACAAAAGGAGCAGCGUGAUAAAGCAAGCGGCAAGAAAAAGCCAAAGGCAACGAUGAAGCCGGUCCUUGGUGCUGCUAAGGUCAAUAGCAAGCUCGACACAAGUGCAUACGAGGAGGCGCUGGACGACUUUGGCAAUGACGAUUUUAUGUAA